GGACGACCAAGGUGCCGAGGCAGCACGGGGAAGGCGGGAGCUGGGAGGCAAGGCCAGGCUGGUCUUCCCCGCAGCCACCUUGGCUGCCUCGGCUCAGCGAGGGUCCGGGGCUCAGGGCCCGGCGCCAGGCGCCCGGCACUUCUCACGGGCAAGCGACACCCAGCGCCCGCGCCCUCCGCCGGCGGAGACAGUCUGUUUUAGCUACUCCAUGGAUUCCUUUGAGCAACUCAGACUGGAGGAUAACCAGUCAGUAGUGAGCAGAAUGCAGAAGCAAUACUGGAAAACGAAGCAGGCCUUUAUCAAAGCAGCGGGGAAAAGGGAGGAUGAGCAUGUAGUUGCAUCUGAUGCGGACCUGGACGCCAAACUUGAGGUUUUUCACUCCAUCCAGGAGACAUGCAAUGAACUUGUGAAGAUAGUUGAGAAAUACCAGCUAAGACUCAACGUUAUAUCAGAGGAAGAAAAUGAACUAGGGCUCUUUUUAAAGUUUCAAGCAGAGCGGGAUGCAACUCAAGCUGGCAAAAUGAUGGAUGCCGCCGGCAAGGCCCUCUGUUCUUCAGCCAAGCAAAGAUUGGCCUUGUGUACUCCCCUGUCUCGUCUUAAGCAAGAAGUGGCAACGUUCAGUAAGAGGGCCAUUUCUGACACCUUGGUGACCAUUAACCGCAUGGAGCGGGCACGCACAGAGUACAGAGGAGCCCUGCUGUGGAUGAAAGAUGCAUCGCAGGAACUUGACCCGGACACCUUCAAACAAAUGGAAAAGUUUAGAAAAGUACAGACCCAAGUGAGAAACAGCAAAGAUUCUUUUGACAAGUUAAAGAAGGACGUCUGUCAGAAAGUGGACUUGCUCGGAGCUAGUCGCUGCAAUAUGCUAUCUCACUCACUCACUACCUACCAGAGAACAUUACUUGGGUUCUGGGAGAAAACAGCUCAGAUGAUGUCCCAAAUCCAAGAGGCCUGUGCUGGCUUUCAUCCGUAUGACUUCAUGGCUCUCAAGCGACUACAAGACACUCCAGGCAAUCUCACUGCAGACUACAAAGAAGAACAAACAGAAGGCAGUUGUCUCACUACAAACCUCAAUAAGGUAGCUUUGUCUGAAGAGGAAGAGAGAUUUGAGAGAGAACCAGCAGUUGCCAGAGCGCUGCCUAGAGACUCACUAGAAGGAGACGAUUUUGAGAAGGAGUUCUCAUUUCUGAACAGCCUCCUAAACCCCACUUCUUCAAGUGCUAGUGAGUUUACACAGGAAUGCCAGCCCGCCUGUGGGAGCGCCGGCAUUGGCCUCACAUCCCAGGAGCCUUCAGCAGGAUCCGGGCCUCUCGCCUCCUCUUCCCAGUUCCUUCCUUCACAGCUCUUUGACCUUGGCCUUCAUGCUGAUGGAGCUUUCAACAGCUGGGCUUCCCAAGAGGGAUCAGAACACUCAGAUGCCUUGCCAGUACCUCCACAGCACCCAAAGAAAUUAAGAUCCCCCAACAGUGGUAACCAAGACAUGUCAGCCUGGUUCAAUCUAUUUGCAGACUUGGGUCCACUCUCAAACCCAGAUGCCAUUGGACACUCAGAUGACGAGCUUCUGAAUGCCUGACUGAUGUCAUGGUGACUGAUGUCACAGAUUCAGGGGUCUUGAGGCACCAACUGUGCAACAUUUGCCUUUCUGAAGAGACGUUCCCACUGCGACCAUACACAGAAGCGUGUGUUCAGGACAGACAGAACGUCUGCCGGCCAACUCUAGUCAGAGGGCUGGAGCACCUGAGCAGAAAGCUGUACUUGUGCUGGGUUUGCAAGCUGUUGAUAGUCCGUGGAUGAUUUUACCAAUUCCUGAGUCUGCAAUACUGAGAAACCAAAUUUAAGUCUGAAUCACACAAGCAUGGUGUAUUUCUUUGGAAGGUGUUUUACACUUGCUACUUUGCUGUAAGGGGAUAAAGAAUAGGAUAUAAAGUGGCUAUAGUUUGGGGUUUUUCCUUGAUAGUGUUGGGUGUUUUCUAUUGUGGAGAACAGCACUAGAUCUAGAAAGCUUUCUCCUCAAGUACAACAUAGAACAAGAUUAGAGAACUGUUUUACUGAAAUUAGAGAAAUGUGUUUGCUUUUCUGUAUCUGGAAACUAAAUGCAAUGUUACCUUUCAUUCAUACGCAAUCAUGGAUACACUUAGUUCCAUUAUUAAAUUUUCAUGGGGAA